CUCUCGCCUUCUUCUGACAUUGUGGAAAGCCCAAAACGAAAAGACAAACCGCGGACAACUGAACAGGCACACUUUACAAAGAAAUGCCGAGUCAGCAAAAACGCCUGCCGUGCAGAUUACACCUUUGACCUUUGGGGAGCUUAAAAAUGGCGAUUUUUCUCGGCGGUUUAUAUCGCGCCUCGGCGGCACUAGCCGCGCGGUCGGCGUUAGUGAGUAGGUGUGCGAGCACUACUUUUGGAGAGGGAUUUCAGCUUCCUCCUAAGCGGCCGCCAAACGGCUACAUUUUCUUUGUGAAAGAGCAACUUACGGAGUCACGUGACCUAGAACCGGAGAGACCCACCAGAGACCUGAUGCGGCAUAUCGGGACCAUGUGGAACAACCUUAGCAACAGCGAGAAACAAAGGUAUAAGCUGAUGAGUGAGGUAAAGUUGAAGCAGUGGGCAAUGGAAUACCAGGCAUUUCUGGAGACGCAGCCUGAUAAGGAAGAGUAUCUCAGACAGCUCAAAGAACUCAGAGGGGAGAGAAGAAAGCAUUUGAAGGUGUACAGAGCAAAGAAGCACCGGAGACUAACACAACCACCAAGAAAGUUGUCUGCCUACAAUAUCUAUGUGAGGGACCAGUUGGCUGGUGCCACACAAGAUGAAAUACAGGCCCGAUUCACUGAUGCUGCUCAAUCAUGGAAAACAUUAUCAGACGAGGAGAAAGCAGAGUAUGAACUGGAGGCAAAGCAGAUACAUGAUCACGAGAUGGAAGAGUACAACAAUCGAAUUCAGGCUGUCUGACAAUCGAAGUGCCUCUGCCUGCCGGCCCUGCUGCAUUCACCCCAAUAUCAUCAUAACCUCUGAUUGCUUGUCGAUUCGCCUUGUUUCACGAUCACUGUUGAAUCAUUCCGGUACCCAGCGCCGCAGACCUCCACGCAUGCGCACAUGGAGCGUGUGAAGGCGGGGGGCGCGUUCGCGCGAUGUGCGAUCACAUGAUUGAGGGCGCAAGGGAUUCUCGAUUUUCUGAGGUUUCUGUGCCAGUACAGUGAGCAGUAUGGCUAGUCUUGCAGCGGUGUGUCUGCUGUUGUUGGCCGUUGCAACCGUCGCCGUGACGGCGAGCGACGACAAGAUAUACGUGCACAUUGUCCCGCACACCCACGAUGACGUCGGCUGGCUCAAGACAGUGGACGAGUACUUCUAUGGAGCAAACAACUCGAUCCAGCAUGCCGGGGUCCAGUACAUUCUGGACACAGUAGUCGACGAGCUGCAGAAAAACCCAAACAGGACCUUCAUUUACGUGGAGAUGGCCUUCUUCGUGCGAUGGUGGAACGAGCAAACCGACGAAACAAAACAAAUCGUACGUAAGUUGGUGACAGAGACCCGCCAGCUGGAGUUCAUUAAUGCUGGAUGGUGCAUGAAUGAUGAAGCUGCCACAGACUACAAUGCCAUCAUAGACCAGAUGUCAAUCGGACUUCGAUUUGUGGAGGAAAAUUUCGGACCUUCGGCUCGCCCGAGAGUCGGGUGGCAUAUUGAUCCAUUUGGUCACUCGUCGCAGAUGGCCUCCAUACAUUCUCAGUUGGGUAUGGAUGGGUUCUUUUUCGCUCGUAUCGACUACGACGACAAGAACCAGAGGCUGAGUGAUAAGACCAUGGAAAUGGUCUGGCAGAGCAGUCAGAGCUUGGGGGCCGCUGGCGACAUUUUCACGGGGGUCCUCUACUAUUUCUACGGCCCCCCACCGGGGUUCUGCUUCGAUGUGAGGUGCUCAGACCAACCUAUCCAGGAUGACCCUAAACUUUUUGGGUACAACGUGGACGGGCGUGUGGCCAGUUUUGUGAAAGCAGCUCAGGAGCAAGCGGCUCAUUACGCCUCAAACCACAUUAUGUUCACGAUGGGCUCAGACUUUAAUUACGAAAAUGCUCUGGAGUGGUACAAAAACCUGGACAAGCUGGUUCACUACGUAAACAAAAAAAUGGGUGAUCAAGUGGAGGUGUUCUACUCGACUCCGUCGCGCUACCUGGACGCCCUCAACAAGCUGAAUCUCACGUGGACCACAAAGACCGACGACUUCUUCCCGUACGCCGACAAUCCACAUUCCUUUUGGACAGGUAUAUAUACCUUUUCAAUAUAUCGGUUCUACUUAUAA